CAGCCGGCACCCGAGCACACUAGCCGCUCUGCGCGAAGUUGCCCGAGGUCACCAGAGCGGCAGCGGCAGCUGAGCACCGCGCACCACCAGUUGCUGCUGUCGACACGUUGCGAGGAGGCGGGCCAAGUACGCAGCUGCCAUGAGACUGUGCACAGUGCUGGCAGUUGUUCUGGUGCUGGCAGCUGGUGCAUCGCAAGCGGCCAGGAUUCUGGGCAUCAUCCCGACGCCUUCCAUCAGCCACCAAACGCCCUUCCGCCUCAUUGCGCUCGAACUUGCCAGGCGGGGACACCAAGUUACAGUCGUCACUACAGAUCCGAUAAGGGAAAAAAUAGUAAAUUAUACUGAAAUAGAUGUAUCCGUGACGUACGAUUUCUGGAGAGCGACGUAUGACUUCAAUUCACUGUCGGAUUCCGUUCCACACGAUAUGCUGCGCCUUUUACCUCACAUGGGGCAAAGGAUAUGUGAAAUCCAACUGGACUCCCCAGAGAUGAAAGAUUUUAUCCGGUCGGCGCCUAGUUUUGACGUCGUUAUUGUCGAGCGACUAAUGUACCAGUGCUACUACGGCCUCGUACACAAGGUGGGAUCACCACCACUCAUAGGCUUUGUCUCGCUUACUGCGCCCAGUCCGCUGCACGUAAUGCAAGGAAAUCCCAACAACCCCGCCUAUUGUCCUGAUAUGUCACUCCCCUACAACGACCACAUGUCAUUCUGGGAAAGAAUGUACAACGCAUACAUAAUGGGCCUCUUUCUACACUUAUGGAACUAUGUAAUUAUGCCAGAUCAAGAGCGGAUAAUGAGGAAAUAUUUUGGCCCUGACGCUCCAUCUGUGUACGAAAUGGAACGAAACUGCAGCCUCCUUCUUAUAAAUAAUCAUUACAGCAUGAAUUACCCACGGCCGCUGCUUCCCAACAUCGUAGAGCUGACAGGACUACAUCUUGAGAAACAGCGACGGCCUCUGCCCAAGGAUAUCCAGAAGUUUCUCGACGAAGCGGAGGACGGCGUGAUAUACUUCAGCCUGGGCAGCAACGUAAGAGGGAGCGCGAUACCGGAGGAGAAGCGACUGGCGUUCCUGGAGGCUUUCGCACAGCUGCCGCAGCGCGUCCUCUGGAAGUGGGAGGCGGGCAGCAUGCCCGGUCAGCCGGACAACGUCAUGACGGCCAAGUGGUGGCCCCAACAGGACGUCCUGGCACAUAAGAAUAUGCGGCUGUUCAUCACGCAAGGCGGACUGCAGAGCGUGAACGAAGCAGGCUACUUUGGUGUGCCAAUGAUCGCAAUUCCGUUCAUGGGAGACCAGAAGCACAAUGUGGCCAAGAUUGUGCAAGCUGGCAUAGGAUACCGCCUGAUGUUCAAGGAUGUCUCCGUAGAAUCGGUACUGAAGGCCGUGCGCACCGUUCUUGGCGAUAAAAGUCUGUUGUAGAUACCCACUACGUUUGGGAUUUUCCUGUGCCCAUUCGUGACCGUUGCUGCUCCGGUCUGGGGUCCAUGUCGAGCCUGUAUUGGAAACAGCUAAAAGGCAGACGUCCGUUUUCUGAGCGUGGUUGUCGAAUCUCACGAGCUUGUUUGCUCACAUGAAAUUUUAUAUUUUGUAUGCUAAAUUAUGUGGUGCCUACCAUUUAAGUAACCUGUUGUGUGCCAUGGUAUCUGAUUGUUGCCUGAACUCGGAAUUAUUUUGGUAAUAACAAUCACUGUCGUACUGAAAGAAUACAUUAGUUAAAUUUUAGUAAAUUGUUCUUCAGCUUGAUUACAAUUUAGAGCAUAUAAAAUUUAACUCAUUUCAGUAAAUGUGUAAUAGGCCAUUAGUGUCGCGUUUUUAUGUAUGUUUAAAACUGAAGUAAUUUAUUUUAACCCGAAUGGUAAUUUCUAAAGAUGUGUGGUAGUUUUAAACAUGUGAUGGUUUUAUUUGUCAAGUUCUCUUUUUUAAAGGUACCAAGUAAAAUGUUCGGUGCAACUGUCGAUGGUGAUUGCCUGAUAUGUCCUACCACCCUACAGACUAUUAUGCUGAUUUUGUGUCGUUGCGUAAAAGGUGGAAUUACAUGUUGUCUCGACACUUCAAAGACGAGAAGUUGCCCUUGGUUGCGUAAAAGGUGGAAUUACAUGUUGUCUCGACACUUCAAAGACGAGAAGUUGCCCUUGGCAUAUGCACGACUGAAGGAGCAGAUGCAGAAAGUAGUGGGAGUAGCGCCACACGAGCCACAGAUGGCAAUAAAGGUAAUGGAUAGAUCCUGGAUGCAGGAUACUCGAGACAAUAUGCGGGACAGCAGAUAUAAACGACAUAAGCGAGCUGGAUAGGACAAAAGAAGCUGGGACAGAAUUGGCAGAAGGAUACAGGGCGACUGUGGAAUGGCAAUCCACGCAGAUUGUUGGUAUGGAGAAUGUUUCGUUGAGCAGUACAUGCAUGCUUUGAAAGGUAACUAAAAAUGUAAUGGGUUAUUCCACAGCAUCAGGUAAGACUCAGAACUGGGAUCUAGGGGCAUUUCAAGCAAGUAUUAGAUGCAGGAAUAACUCUGACGAGACAGUUGCAGUCACUUGGAGAUAGUAUCUGGGAUGCAAGAGGAGUUGACAAGCUUGCAGGAAGUCAUUCGUCAGCCACUGUAUGGGCAACUGUGUCCAGUCUUAUCGUCACUCGAGCACUAUCUGAAGAAGUUGAGAAAGUUGCGGAGAGAAUUUUCGCUAGAAGUGCAGCUAGUAACAGAACCGCAGCCAUAACCUGCCUUUCUAUUACCGUUGGGAAACUGUGGAACUGAAAACAGAUGGCCACUCUUGUAUAUGUCAGUGAAGGUACUAGUGACGAACAAGCACGCAUCGAUUGUGUUACGCAGCGCACACCUACGAGGUGCGGCUAGAAAAAAACCGGACUGAUGCUGGAAAAAACAUUUAUUUACAAUUAUUUACAAUUUCAUGUUAUCUCCUUCAAUGUACUCUCCUCCUCGGUCUCUACACCGCUCCAUACGAAUUUUCCACUGUUCACAGCAAUGCUGCAGAUCAUUUUCGGUAAGUCCAUACAUUACUUCCGUCGCUUUUUCUUUUACUGCUUCAACAGUCUCAAAUCUAGUUCCUUUCAAAGCUGACUUGACUUUAGGGAAAAGAAAAAAGUCACAGGGGCUCAAAUCAGGUGAGUAGGGUGGAUGAUCUAAGAUGGGAAUGUUGUGUUUUGCCAAAAACGUCUUCGCUGACAACGCACUGUGAGCUGGGGCAUUGUCUUGGUGAAGGAUCCAUGACUUUUUUCUCCACAAAUCGUUCCGUUUUCUCCGUACUCGCUCACGUAGGGUAGCCAGGACGCUAAUGUAGUAAUGCUGAUUCACUGUUUGUCCCUCUGGUACCCAAUCAAUGUGCACAAUCCCUUUGAUGUCAAAAAAAACAAUCAUCAUUGCCUUGAAUUUCGAUUUUGACAUUCGUGCUUUUUUUUGUCGUGGAGAACCAGGAGUUUUCCAAUGCAUCGAUUUUGUAAGAAGGUGGGAUCACUUUCAAUGUUUUCCAGUAUGUCAGAACAAAUCAUUCUUCGGCGUUCCUUCUGUUCAAUUGUGAGACACUUUGGAACCAUUUUUGAACACACUUUGUUCAUGUUGAAACUUUCAUGAAGAAUCUGCCUAACACUUUCCUUGUCAACUCCUGUUAACUCAGACGCUGCUCUGAUUGUUAAACGGCGAUCUUGUCGAACAAGUUUACCGAUUUUUUCAAUGUUUGCAUCAGUUUUUGCUGACAAUGGUCUGCCAGUGCGAGUGUCAUCACUGGUGUCUUCGCGGCCAUCUUUAAAUCGUUUAAACCACUCAAACACUUGUGUUCGCGAUAAACAAUCAUCGCCUUACACUUGUUGUAACAUUACAAACGUUUCACUUGCAGAUUUUCCUAGUUUGAAACAAAAUUUGAUGUUAACACGCUGUUCUUUCUGUACACUCAACAUUUUCCGACGCACAGACAAAACGUCAACUACUUAAAACAGACGCCACGGGCAGACUGAGUGCAGGAGGCAGAUGAAACUCGAGCAGUAGGCGGAGCGAGAGUCACGUGACAGGCCACGCGACUUUCAGCCUUAUUGCAUUCGUUUUAUUGUUUCACCAGUACUAGUCCGGUUUUUUUCUAGCCACACCCCGUAUCUGGUAAGGCUAGAAACAAUGGAUAAGUCUGUGCAAGAAAAACUGAUCAAAGAACUGGGGAUCGACAUGUGGUAAUGAUUGAAGUGAGCUAUUGCAAUCCCAAAGCGGGGUGGUCAUCAUACGUACUGCUUGUCCUACUAAAGAGAUCCAUAUGGAAGGAAGCACAUGCAUCAUGCAGUUGUUCAAGGACAAAACCUGUCAAUGCGGAAAGUAGGUAGCGGAUCCAAAGCCAUACUUAUACCGCGUAGGUCGACGUUGGAUGAACUCGGUGUACAAUGACAUAAUAGUGGUGGCAAGCUGCUAGGAACAAGGGAAGCUCAUGUGAGCAAGAUGCUUGGAGUUAAGGGGCGGUGGCUUGUUAAUUAAUGAAACUAUGUGUGACAUUACGGGACCAACAUUUCAUUUACAAGCUACAAAGACAGUUACUAUUUUAAAUAUAACAAAACCAUAGCUGUAACGUCUUCGUGAGUCCUUACAGAUGUUGCCUAAACAUAACCUUACUUUAUGAAAUGACACCUGGGAACUAAGCCUAGUUAAUGCACUAAGCCAUAUGAUAAUCGCACAGGAGGGGCAGAUCAUUGUGGAGCGACUAACGUGGCUCAUUGAACAGUAUCAUGACGGCAGAUGACAGAUAACCAUGACAAUGAGUGUUGCAAUUCCUAGCACCAUAGUGACUUUCAUUUUACUCUGGAUAGCUUUUAUUUACCUGAGACUAUGAGCCGUUCAGGAACCCAAUCUCUGGUAUUCCAUGUACUAGAGGACUUGACCUCCUGAGUGAGAGAUGGAGCAAGGAUUUGUCGAGCUUAAGGAAGAGGGAAAACAGCCAUAAAAUUUAGUGCAGUAAGUGUAUAACGUUUAAAUUUGCCAGGUUUGUAUAAUCUUGGGAGUGUUUACUUAUUUUAUAGACCAAGAGUGGAAAAAGUCACACUGGAGAACCAGCCCUGAGCAAGACCAAAUGGGCCAGGUCUUCCCUUUGGAGGGGGGCACUAUAGUGGCACCAGCCAGUUUUAGUGGUAGUUGUUAGAAAGCCACGGUGAAGCACUGCAGUAGCUACCUUGGGAUGGAAAGCACAGUGUGGCCAAGAAGAGUCGUAAUAACACAUAUGCAAAUGACUGCAAAAUCGGCUAUCUGUGCUCAGUAAAACCUGCACUCUGUAGUGCUCACAGCUGGAGCAGACAGGGUGAUGUCACCACACCAUGGGAAGACCCUUAUUGUGAGCUACUUGACUGAGAACCAGGUAGUAGUGCGACAAAUGCGCCACAAGCCGUAUAAAAAGAUGUGAAUUUUGAGGCAGAUUCAUUUAGAGUCCAGUAGCACCACCAUGACGCCAGAUCCAUGCUGGACAACUGGGCACCGCCAGCUGUAGCCAUGAGUUCAAGACUGGGUCAGGCCAACCGUCUCCUACCCUACGUCUCCUUGCAGAACUUAGUGUCACAGCGCCUCUGACCUGCCACCUGUGCUUGCCAUUUCCAGGCUCCUGCCAGGGAGCAGAGUCGACACCCCCGGAGGUGUUGGCAGAAUGCCACGUUCCAUGCACGGCAGUCUCCACUCGCCUCCACGCUAGACGCGUGUGGGGCCCCAGUCGCCUGGUACGGCCAUUCUGCAACGGAACGCUGUUGCAUCAGAAGGAGGAGAGCGUCAGUGACGUCGAGGCCAUGGUCUACUGCCAGGCUGCCAGCCGUUGCUCGGCCCGACAUCAGCAACGCAGGCCGCCUACGCCUGCAUCUCCUCACCAGGGUGAAGCCAGCCACCUGUGAGCCGAUGCCGGCCAGUAUCACUGGAGCUGAACGUGUCUGCCUGAUAUUGCUGGCGAUGUGAUUUGUAUUUGGAGCUGAAUAAAACAUUUCUCUCGAC